GUGGCGCUUUUAUGAACGCGAUCAGUGUGUAACCCUCUAUCUGGUUAACGACGACGACGGUUGCACUGUGCACCCUCAAGAAAAGCGCAUUUUACGGAUUCGCCUGUCGGCGUCGGCUGGCAUCGGCGAUAUUCAAAUUCCGUGGCAGGACUGCAAGCAAAGGCACAUCGGGACGACGUGAUUAAGAGAACGUGGGACGCUGUUUUGCGUCGUCCAACCGCGAGUGUUUUGUAGAUACGAAAAUCGCCGCAUCGUCGAAGACCCGAUGUCAGGGAUAGCGAUAGCCAGGCUCGCUGAGGAGCGCAAAGCAUGGAGGAAGGACCAUCCGUUCGGGUUUGUAGCUAGACCAACUAAAAAUCCAGAUGGUUCCCUUAACUUGAUGAGUUGGGAAUGUGCGAUACCUGGAAAGAAAUCUACUCCUUGGGAGGGUGGCCUGUACAAGUUACGUAUGAUUUUCAAAGAUGACUAUCCUUCAAGCCCACCAAAAUGUAAAUUUGAACCUCCUCUAUUCCAUCCAAACGUGUAUCCAUCAGGCACUGUAUGUUUGUCACUUUUGGAUGAAGAGAAAGAUUGGCGACCAGCUAUCACAAUUAAGCAAAUCCUCCUUGGUAUUCAGGAUUUAUUGAACGAGCCAAAUGUGAAAGAUCCAGCUCAAGCCGAAGCUUAUACAAUAUAUUGCCAAAAUCGUUUGGAAUACGAGAAGCGUGUUAAAGCUCAAGCCAGAGCAAUGGCUCCACAGGAAUAAGUCACAAGAAUUGUCAACUCGACAUAUUUAAAAUAAAAUGUGAGAAAGAUAUUGUAUGUGGAUAACACAUCAUAAACUGAUUCAUAGCUCUUUAUAAUUAAUCUUUUUUACGAGUAAUUAAUAUAUGUAACUAGUUAAGUAGUUCAUGGUCUUAACGUUUAUUUAUCGAAUAUUGUCUUCAAUGUGUAUAUUUUUCAAAAUUUCAAAAUGUAGCGUAUACUAACGACAACAUACGAAAAUCGACAUAUAAAUCACAUAUAAAUUCUUUCGCACAUAAAUAAUAAUUCUUAUUAAUAUUAAGAACCAUGUUAUAAGAUAUGUAUACUUUAAGGCAGAAUUAUUUUU